GGUGGUUAAGGUCAUCUGUCAUAAGUACUAAGAGGAUUGUCCUGGUAUUUAAAUCCGGGGACCCUGCUGGAACACCAAAGAGGGGGAUGUCUCUACGAUGUGGGGUAGUCGUCCGCAGCGUGAGGCCCCAGGUAUUUGGAAAAUAUUUAUGCAAUCCAGUCAGAGCAGUAAGUUCCUUGCCAGAUAAAAAAAAGGAAUUUUUACAAAAUGGACCAGACCUUCAAGAUUUUGUGUCUGGUGAUCUGGCAGACAAGAGCACCUGGGAACAAUAUAAAGGAAACUUAAAGCGCCAGAAAGGAGAAAGGUUAAGACUACCUCCAUGGCUAAAGACAAAGAUUCCCAUGGGGAAAAAUUAUAAUAAACUGAAAAAUACUUUGCGAAAUUUAAAUCUCCAUACAGUGUGUGAGGAAGCUCGAUGCCCCAAUAUUGGAGAGUGUUGGGGAGGUGGAGAAUAUGCUUCUGCUACAGCCACAAUCAUGUUGAUGGGUGACACAUGUACAAGAGGAUGCAGAUUUUGUUCUGUUAAGACUGCAAGAAAGCCACCACCACUAGAUGCCAAUGAGCCCUACAAUACUGCAAAGGCAAUAGCAGAGUGGGGCCUGGAUUAUGUUGUCCUGACAUCUGUGGAUCGAGAUGAUUUGCCUGAUGGAGGAGCUGAGCACUUUGCAAAGACUGUAUCAUACUUAAAGGAAAGGAAUCCAAAAAUUCUUGUGGAAUGUCUCACUCCUGAUUUCCGAGGAGACCUUAAAGCAAUAGAAAAAGUCGCUCUGUCAGGAUUAGAUGUAUAUGCACAUAAUGUAGAAACAGUUCCAGAAUUACAGAGGAAAGUUCGUGAUCCCAGGGCCAAUUUCGAGCAGUCUCUGCGGGUCCUGAAGCAUGCCAAGGAGGUCCAGCCUGAUGUCAUUUCUAAAACGUCCAUCAUGUUGGGUUUAGGCGAGGACGAUGAGCAAGUAUAUGCAACAAUGAAAGCACUUCGUGAGGCAGAUGUGGACUGUUUGACGUUAGGACAGUAUAUGCAGCCAACAAAGCGCCACCUCAAGGUUGAGGAAUACAUUACUCCUGAGAAGUUCAAAUACUGGGAAAAAGUGGGGAAUGACCUUGGAUUUCAUUACACGGCAAGUGGCCCUCUGGUGCGCUCCUCAUAUAAAGCAGGUGAAUUUUUCCUGAAAAAUUUAGUGGCUAAAAGAAAAACAAAAGCCCUGUGACACUUAACAAGACAUUCAAGAUCACAGGAGUGUUUAGAAUUGGAUUCCAUUUGCCAACAGAGGUGGUGGCAGAAUGCCUGUGCUUCGCUGGAUGAACCCUCAUUUUUUGUUUUAAGAAAAAUGUCAAUAAGCUGUGCAUAUUUAAUUAUAGCAACUUAUUUGCCUUUCAGCAUAUCUUUUUUGUCCCAAUAGACAGUUGCUUGCUGUGAUGUAAUCAUAAAACAUCCUGGUCGGAGUUUACUGAUUUUACAGCAUAAUUUAAAAAUAUAAUACAUUGAAAACUUCUAGCAAACCUCAGGCCUCUGUUACUUGUGCAUCAUCGAUGCAUUGCGUUUCUGGUAAAUAACACGCUGUGAUGAAAAAGGCAAUAUAACUGGAGACUCUGAUCAGAUUAUACAUAAUUAGAUGUGCUCUUCACAUAGCAGUAUAACAUCAUUGGAACGAUUUAGAAAGGCUUAAGAUUUUGCGUGUUGAUUUUUGCAUUGGUGUGACCAUUUUAGUUCGGCAAAAUAGUUUUGUAUUGAUUACUUGUUUAGGGCCUCUGAGAAACUAAGACCGCAGUAUUGUCCAAGCCAGAGAAAGGUAAUCUAAGGGCAGUUUGUUAUCUGUGUGCGCUAUCUCUUUUACUCCUCACACUGCUCCGAUGAGAUGGUUGUAUGGAUAAUAGCAGUGACAUAGGAGUGAUCUGAGUAAGGAAUUUCUUUUCUAAGUAUCAGGAACUUUUGACUCUGAAUCUCUUUUUCCUCCUACACAAAGGAAGUCUUUAUGUGGCAAUAUUGUAAAAUACAUAAUGUGAAUAGCCAGUUCUGUGUAGAAUUUUAAAAUAUGUGAACUAGUACUUUAAAAAAAAAUAAUGCAUAACUUUGAAAA